AUGUGUAAGUGUAUGAGUGGGAGGGAAUGUGGGGGUUCGGGAGUAUGUGAUUGCGGAUAUGCUGGGGGUGAUGCGGGAAUGUGUGACUGCGAGGGAAAGCAAAAAUGCGGACGUGUGGGUGAGGUGGUAAGUCGGAAAUGUGUGGAUGUAAGGAUGCGUAUUGUAAGAACGUGUGAGUGCGAGGAGGUGUGGGUUGUGCGUAAGGAUAUACGAGUGAUGUUGUGUGUGGAUACGAUAAUGCACGGACAUGUGAGCGCGAAUGUGAGGAUGCGCGAGUGCGGAGAUCCAAGAACUCGUGAAUGUGGGAGUGUGGGCAUGCGGGGAUAUGCACAUCUCACUUAUACACGACCUCACUUACACAUUCCCGACUCACGCACCGCACCCAUACGUCCGCGUUUUUGA